AUGGGCACCUUCCUAGGCCACUUCCUCCCCGGCCUGACCUUCGCCAUCCUCGGCGUGUGGCACACGCUGAACACCGUCAAGGGCUACAAGCUCAAGGGUGCCUCCGGCUUCCGCACCGCUACCUGGUUCCCGUUCCCGUCGCCGCUGCUGCCCGGCCUGAGGCACCUGGAGCUCUACCUCCUGCUCUCCUUCUCCGUGCUCGCCAUCGCCGACCAGCUCGUGGACCUCCCCAUCCUCGCGCUCUCCCUCCAGCCGGACAGCCUCGAGCACGCCACCAUGUACCUCCACCUCGCCGUGUACGCAUCGGUAGCGCUCGCCGCCGACGUCGUCUCCUCCCGGCGCCGUGACGCCGCCGCCACGGCCACGCCCGGCGGGGUCGUUGGGGACGUGGUGACCGCGCUCGCCGCGUCGGUGUUCGGGCAGGAGCUGUUCCUGCUCCGGUUCCACUCCGCGGACCACGCCGGCCUUGAGGGCCACUACCACUGGCUGCUGCAGCUGGUGGUGGCGGCAUCCCUCGUCACCACCGCCGUCAGCGCCGUCCUGCCGAGGAGCUUCGCCGUGGCGGUGGUGCGGUCGUCAUCGGUGCUGCUCCAGGGCAUGUGGUUCAUGGUCAUGGGCUUCGCGCUGUGGGUGCCGGCGCUCGUGCCGGUCGGGUGCCGCGGCGGCGUGGAGGGAAGUGGCGCGGCAAUGCGGAGCGUGGUGGCGUGUGCGACGGAGGAGGCGGCACGGAGGGCCGUGGUGAUGGCCAACCUGCAGUUCAGCUGGGCGCUCGCCGCCGUGUGGGUCGUCACAGCGUACCUGUGCCUCAGGGUGGACUACUGCCGGUGCUUGGAUUACAUGCAGCUUCAAACGCCGCCCAGCGGCGUUGUCGCCGGCGACGGGGAUGCGCCGCCGCCGCAGAAGCAUGUCUUUCCUGUCGAAGAGCGCGUGUAG